AUGCUUAAGGCCUUUUCUUUUUUUUCUCAGAGUCGAUGUUUCUACCGUCGAUCUACCAUGGAGUUACAGGGCCGAGAGAAUCCCAAAUCUUCAUAUUCCACGAUAUUUCCUCGUGACAAACGGAAAUCGAGCACCUUCUCACUCACCAACCUUGCACCAUUUAUACUCGAUACCCUGCGCCCAACUCUACCGCAAGCUUCAAAUAUGUCUAGCCAAUUUUUCUCACCAUGCAAUACGACGUCUCCUAAUUCUAUCGGACCGGCAUCCACUUCCGAUUCAACCAAAGGACCACGUGAUGCAAAAGAAUGGCUCGACACAGCUGUCCAUUACAGCAUUAACGUAUGUGCAGGCCGAAAUGAGGCAGACAAAAGUCUCGGCAGGUUUAUGGAAUGCGCUAAAGGCAUCAAGACCGCUCUGCACAGCAUACACUUAAGUUUUACUGUUUCACAAAAUCUAGUUAGAAAGCUGCUUGUAAUAAUAGAAUCGCGCUUAGGCGAGAUUUCCAGGGACAUGCAUCUAUCAAAUGGACUAUUGCCCUAUUACGGCAGCCAAGUGCAAUCAAAAAUCUUGAUGGAUAAACUCUGGUUUUUAUCGGAAAUAAUGAAAGUCCUUCGGCAGAAGCUUUUGGUCACACACGCCCUCGGAGACCUAGUUGGAAAGCUGCCAAAGGAGCUAGACAGAGCAAUUGUCGACGUGGAAAACUCGGACUUUAGUUGA